AUGGAAGGCGGACCCAACCCUGAAGAGUUCGAAUUUUUCAACAUCCAACUGAAGGACGUGUGCAUCCCCGAAGAUAUCUAUAGCGAGCUAUCUCCAGAGCUCCAAGAACUGCACGCGCAAUGCAUCAUCCGAGCAUCCGACGCCAUGAUAGCCCAGCGACACUUCAUGCACCAGCUCAUUCCAGCCUCUAGUGGACUGUGCUCCAGCGACGACAAACCACGCCACCGCCGGCACGAACAGACCAUCUCCCACCUAUACGGGUGGAAAAAGGACAUGGAUCCCACGGACCCGACGUUAGCGCCCAGAAUGAAGAUCCCCAGACACCAAGUCUACCUGUACGCGGACCGUGCUGCCUAUGAGGAAUUUGCUGAACGCUACAGGAACAAGGUCCAAGAAUACCGGGACGGACUGUACAAGCUCUAUCGAGAUGAAGUUCUCAAGAUAGAUACCUGUCGGCAGCAGGUAGAGCCUGCCGACCUGUAUGUGAGAUAUAGUAAAUGGUGGACAACGACGUUCAUGGCGGAGAUGCAAAAGUGGGAGGGGAGGAUUGGCACUUUACUUCCUCUGGCGUAUGAGAUUGUGGUUGAAGCGGUGUACAUGCUCCUUUACGACUCCGUCGAAGAGGGCCCCGAUGUCGCUCGUGAGUUCGCCCUGCAGGCCAAUUGCCCGGUUGACAUUUCGGGCGGGGCCUUCUCGAGAACCCGCUGUAAGACUUCCCUUGAGCUGCACGACAGGACGCAUUUCUGUUACCGUGAUCAGAGCCAGGAGCCAUCUGACCUGGUUUUCGAAGAGGAAGAUUCCUCUUGGUGA